GCUUUCAUCAUUCUUGCUUCAUUUUCCAACGUAUGUGGACGCCCGUUAAUGUUGUUUCUCUGGCUUCAGAAUCGGCCGAAUACCGCGUGUUGUGAUUAAACGAAAUUAUCGGUGAAAUUGACCAGUUUUAAAGAAAAAAGUGCUCUGUUUGUAAUCAUGAAUAUCAUGAAAAAAUGUGGCUUUUGUCAGCAGCCUGCUGGAUUGAUGUGCAGUCGCUGUUUAGAAGUUUAUUGUUCCGUAGAGUGUCAGAUUCGCGAUUGGUCCGAACACAAAAAGAUUUGUGUUGCGAUUCCUAAACUGCAUCCGAAUGACAGCUAUUUGGAAGUACUGGCCGGUGGCGUCACGCUGCCGUUGAGAUCGAACCGGAUAAUGGCAAACAAUGGCCGUGCGUUGAAGCCAAUGCGUAAGCCCAAUUUCCCCAUGGGAUCUGUCGAGGCGUCAGUGGAUCGGGAAGCAACAGCAUCGCUUCCGGAUGGAUGCGAAAAUGGGUUGGAUAAAAAGGAACCGAGCGGCGGAAGUCCAUCGAAAAAAGCUCAGAAUAUCGUGGUAACAGCAGUGGACUGCGAGAAGCGAAUGGCCAAAAUGAAAAUUGAUGAAAUCCUUCAACACAACAAUAUGAAUGAAGCAAACGCUACGGAUAUCGUCGACGCUGUGAAGCCACAAUCCUUGGCUAACUUGAAGCUGGAAAUGAUAAAAAAUCACAAAAAGAAUCUGGAAAGAACUAUUGCAACAGUUCCGUCUGGUACAGCUCCAGGGACGGUGAAGCAGCGAAAAGAUUGGCUCCUACACUUCCCGUUGGAGAAAGCGGAAGGAGAGUUUUUCGAUGUGAUCGUCCAGUAUAUUGUGCCCAAGCAGCCCAAACGGUGCUGGGUCAUUUCGGGGGAUCACGAAACCCAGUGCGAUAAGCUAUUGCGGGAUAUAAACGGACAGAUCAACCCUAAGGAAGAUUCAAUCAAAUACGAUAACGUGCAGGUUGAAGACAUCUACGCUGCUCCGUACGAAGGUCUCUACUAUCGAGUUGUGAUUUUGGAAAAAGUUGAUGCUGCGAAAUGUUUGGUCAAAGUUCGUCUAAUCGAUUACGGCAACGAAGUGACGCUGCCCAUCACCGAAUUGCGUACCCCACUCCCGCUGAUGAAGAACCUUCGUGCGUUUGCAUUUAUGAUCGAAGUUCAGAAUCUGAAGCGUCCUCUCGAAUUGACGGAAACCAUUCGGAUUGGCAUUGUUCGAUCAGAGGCAGAUCUUAAGAUCGUAGAAAUUGAUUCGGAUCCCGUGAGCUUGUUGCAAUUAAUAGGAACCUACAAUCAGACUAUUGGAGAAGGUGGAAUUGUUGCCAUUCUAUCCUCGCGAAAGGCCUUGAUCUUGCUUUCUUCAGAACCUGUUCUGCCUAUCAUGAAGGUGCUGUACAGUCAGAUGCCCGAAGCAGCGCCUCAUUUCCCGAAGGUGGAAAACGCGAAAAUAGGAGAUUUGGUCUGCGUAAAAAUUGCAGUCGUAGGAUGGUCUCGGGCGCAAAUCAUCGAACAAUAUGAGGACAACCGAAUUGUCUACACGGUCGACAAUGGAACGGUAGAAUUGGUGAACGCGCAAGAUAUGCGGUCCUUGCCGGAUGAGUAUAAAAAUAAGCCGUGGCUGGUACUGCAAAUGGACUUAAACAAAGUGACCAUAAGUGACCAGGAUUUCAAGAAAUUUUGCUACAUGCCAAGUUUCGCUUUCAGCUUUGAUCGGCUAGACUUCAGUAAACAGCAACGCAAAAUGAUAUGCACGAUGAAGGAUGCCGAAAGAAAGCGUACCAUAGCGGAAGUUGAUUUCGUGGAUUUCGUUUGCGAUUUAAAACGUGUUGGAAUCAAUUAUUGGCCCCAUAUACCACAAGACAAGAGCAUUGUUAAGAUCUCUUCUGUAUUGGAUGUUGGAUCCAUAAUCAUUUGUCCCAAAGGAAAAGUCAAUGUCUACACUGAGCUCUUGCAAUCAGUAAUGCCGACCUUGACACGUUUAACCACAACUCCUAAUGUAAAAGACGUUAUUGUUGCUGUGGACGACGUUAUGAUGCCGUACCGAGCACGUGUGUUAUCGAUCAUCUCUCCAGCAGAGAUUGAGGUUUUGGAUCUUGAUAAUGGACAUAUUAGAAAAACUCCACUGCAGCAGCUGUACACUACGAAUGGAUUUGUGAAUAACUUACCAGUAUAUACGGUGAAGGUUCAGAUCCGAGACAUGAACGUAUCCGCCAUCAAAGAUCAGGCCUGUGUGAUCGAUCAAUUAGACGCCUUCCGAACAGGGAAGCGUGAGUUCCGAAUGAUGUUUGAAGGUGGAUCAUACAUGUACGGGGUAAAGCUGAUCGAUAUGAGCACCAGUCGUUCGUUGGCCACAAUCCUUAUGGAACAUCACGACAAGAAGUUACGUGAAGUAGAAGAAGCUGCCAAGAAGAAAUUAGAAGUAGAGGCAGCUGCCAAGAAGAAACUAGAAGCAGAGGCAGCUGCCAAGAAGAAACGGGAACAAGAUGAGGAAGCCGCACGUCAAAAGGCACAGACAGCAGCAGCCGAAGCUAAGGCCAAAGAAGAACAGCAACGACUGGAAGCCGAACGUAAGGCCAAAGAGGAGCAAAAACUUGAAGCCGAACGAGCGGCGGCCGAGAAAACUGAACAAGAUCGAAAGGCUCGAGAAGAGGACGAACGAAAGAAGGCAGAACCGGCUGUACAUUCGGUUAUGACAAUCAACGAUCUGGAAAUGGUUCCGCUUCCCACGGGAAAAAGCGGUAUCAAGUUAACUAUUUUUGACGAUGGUGAUUUGGCGCAAGGUGCGGUAACCGUAUGCGAAGUGACGGAACAAAACAUGAAACGGUACGCAACGUUGACCGAUGAAGUCAACAAGUUGGCUUCCAGAUGCGGUGGUGAUGGUUACGCACCGAGCCUCGACGAGUUGUGUAUUGCGAUAUUCGACGUCGACAAAAUGUGGUAUCGAGCUGUCUGCAUUCAACCGAAACCAGAGAAGAACAUAUUUGUCGUGCAGUUUAUUGACUAUGGUAACGUAGCUUCGGUUAAGCGCGAAUCAAUCCGGUGUAUGCCGAAAGAAUUGGCUUUCCCCUGUGCGGCACAUACUUGCGCCGUUAAAGACGCAUCCAAGGUAGCAUCGACACUGACACAGCAGCAAUCUGUGCAAGGCUACGUAGUAGCCCAGGAGAUCAAUUCGGAAGGAGAAAUCUACUCGUUAAAAUUUUGAGUUUUUUAAUAUCCCUUGACGUUGCUAUUUCCUUUUUGAUAAAGGAUGAUCUAUUUAAGUUUUUGUUUGUUGGCUAAUGAAAUCAGCCAAAUUUAACUAAUCGAAUAAAGUUAUACACAUUAGACACUUCAAA